AUGGAAGACGACAUUAUCGGGGACCCCGGCCACAAGCCGUAUGACUCUUGCCGCAAUGAUGCUAUGCCUGAUACAGCUUACUACGAUAAAGCGGGAUUCUUCAACCGUUUAUUCUUCUAUUGGGUUAGAUACUGGGUAAACAAUGUGCAGAAGAGCUCGUUUGACAGCGAAAGGCUGCAUCCAUUGCUCAACGGGGAUCAAAUCGGCACGUGGCAAUGUUUGUUUGCAAAGAAUAUAAGUGAUGGGAUUUUACGGGCCGAACAGAAGCGCCGUGAUGCCGUACUAGCGAAUGGCGAUUGCGACAAAAACAAGUUGUACCGCAAUAUAAUCCUUCGAGCCCUUUUUCUAACGUUUGGUCGCCGUGUGUUACUGUUGCUGGUUGCAACCGUAGUCUUAAAUGUCGGCGGAGUUGGCAUAUCUAUGCUGUUGAAGUUGAUGCUUGACAAAAUGUCGUCUGCGGAUUGUUCCUACGCAAUGAUAAUUCGCUAUGCCCUUUACAUUGCCGUCAUCGAGUUGGCGUCGUCCAUGUUUGAGCAGCAUGUCAUCUUCUAUAAUUGCCGCUUGGAAACUAUCAUGGAGUCUGCAAUUUCAAUCACGCUGUUCCAGCACGGUAUGUGCCACCGUCGUGCGUACGCGGCGACGACAGAUGGCCGAUCUGAAUUGUCUGCAUGCAAGGGAGUUGUACACUCUUGGCCCUGCAAAGAUGACGAAUGCGCGUCCAACCCACUGCUCUGUCCGGCGAGGAGAUAUCAGAAUAGGGAACUGCCGCCGAGCAUGUGCACAUAUGUGUUUUUGGAUACUUAUGCAUUGAUGUCACCUGUUGAGGCAUUGGUCAUCGGGGUGCGAUUUUUCACAACACUGAUAACGGCGUUAGUUAUUAUUCGCACGCAGAUCAGCACUGAUGUGGCAAAGACCAUCAUUAUUUUGGUGUCCAUGAUACUCUUGACGGGGUUGAUUGAGUCCAAGGACUACCGUUACGCGAAAACCUACGACGUGCUCGGUAACAUUAACCUGGUACAGGCGAUGGGACUUGAUGAUAUUGGUUACAACAUUAUCCAAGACUCGCGCAACGAUGAAGUGUCGGUGCUGUUCACACGUUUGACUCUGACUGCAUUCAACCGAAGUACGAUGAUGACAAUAGGUUCGAUCGUUUUCUUGGUGAUACUGCUGGAUUACAUCGGGACUCUUGAAACAUCUCUGGGUACUCAGCCUUUUGAAGCCGGUAUCCCCAUAACUCUCAUGUUUAUCGUGGGCAAGAUUACCAAGGCAACCGAAAAUUUGCCCAAAACCGUGAAGGUCGUAGCAGAGGCGUAUGCAUCGAUAUUACGUGUCGAGAAGUUUCUGACCACCUGUUCACCCAACUAUUAUCUGACUUGUAAGACCAAACCACAACCGAUGGAUGCCGCUAUGACAGCUUUAGCGUCGAAAGGUGGUCCCAGCCUGAAGCAGGACGUGGUCGUUAAUUAUGAGGAUGCCAGCUUUGCAUGGUUUCAGACCAUCGAAGAAAGUUUGGAAGAGGUGCCGAUUAGGUCUCCCAUAUUGAAUGGCAUUAACUUCGAGCUUAAGCGUGGCGAAAUAAAGAUAAUUACGGGUAACCAGGGUUGCGGUAAGACGAGCUUCAUUAAAUCGAUUCUUGGUGAUAUGAGUCUGGUGUCUGGAAGCAUGGCCGUGGCGCCACUGUCCACUGGGAUGCCCAUCUUCUACACGUCGCAAGAGGUGUGGCUGCCCAGCGGAAGUAUCCGUUCGAUCAUCACUUUCGGGUACGCGUUCGACGAGGAAAUUUACAAGCGUGUGACGUCGGCAGUGGAGCUGGAGUCUGACUUCGCCUCGUGGGAGGACGGGGACAUGCGUGUGAUCUCCGCGAAAGGUUAUUCUCUGAGUGGCGGUCAGCGUGUGAGGCUGAGUCUGGCGCGUGCGUUGUACGCUUACUUGGUUUUCAGCAAGGCUAAUGAGCGCCUGGUCGGGGAUCGGUGUUGUUUCUUGGUCUGCCUGGACGAGCCUUUCAAUGGGCUUGAUACAAAGGUUGCAUCUUCCAUCGCGAGGAACCUGCUGAAUAGGGUAGAUGGUCUCUUGAUUCAUGAUGAUGUGGCGGUUGUAUUGGCCAUAUCAAAAAUGUCAAUGGAGAUAUGUUUUAACAACUCGAAUAUGCACGACUUGGUGGGGAUUCCAGUGUAUCGCCUUGGCUCGAGAGGUUUGAGGAUGAUCGACAGCAUAGGCUCGCCGGAUUCGCGCGACGUCACCGUUCCACCCAUGGGUGAUGUCGCACUUUCGGAACCAGAGAGCCUGCGCACGUACAAAUCUCUGACGACCAUGCCACCUGCAGUGAUGCGAACAAACGUAUACAGCGUAUCCUCUUCCAGCUUCUCCAAUCCUAGUUUUGAGGGGAAAUCUCCCACCGCUUCUAAGGAAGAUCUAGAAAAGGAGAAGAUGCUGAACAGUGGUUCCACCCAAAAGGCAUAUUGGGUUUAUUUUUAUUGCACUGGAUAUGUUACGUGCAUCCUCAUCUUGGUCAUGGUCGUAGCUGGUAUUGCGCUUGAGAAGGCAAACUCUGUAUUCGUUGCGUCGUGGUCGGAUUCGAUCAAAAAAUCGUCAGACGCAGGAAUAAUGACCAUUAAUGAGGGGCGUGAGUUGUUAAAGAAACAUGAGCACACUGUGAAUUUGAUUAAGGGAUUUUCAGUGUCAUACGUGAUUUUAAUAUAUUGCGGCACUAUUUUAACCGCUAUUGCCAGCAUGCGCUGUGCCAAGAAGCUGCACCAGUUUGCAAUCAAUUCAUUGUUUUUCAAGGGCACUGAUGAACUGUCCUUGAAGAAAUCGUUCGGUGACAUAAUCACGUUGCUGUCUACCGAUUUAUUUUACAUUGAUGAGAUUUUGGGGAGGACGUGUCUGUUGUCGGUGAUAUCGUUCAUGAGGUUGGCGAUACAGUUCGUCACAAUGUGCGCUGCGGCUCCCAUAAUCAUUCCGCUGCCGAUAAUUAUGGUGGUGUACCUCUACACGCAGGUCGUGGGAGCGCACAUAACCUCAUCGAACCGUUUGCAGUGUUUCAUGUUUAAAGCCAUUGCGAGAAUCAACGCAACAUUCACUGACGUUAUUGGAGGUGCGGCUAUUUAUCGUGGUUUCAGAAUGGAGUUUCAAUGCUUAGAAUAUUUGUAUGAGAGUUCCGAAUACUAUUUUAGAACGCGGUUUUUAAAGAAAGUGUUCCCAGCGUGGCUUAUAAUCAUUUCAAAGAUAUUAACAUCCUGCAUUAUUUUUAUGGCCACUUUGUUAAUUUUGGCAUAUGCCCAUUAUACAGGAAAAUCAGUCCAGAUUGCGACAUUGGGUCUCAUUAUUACUCUUGCAAUGGAAGUCAAUUCAUUGAUCACAUCAUUCGUCUAUAACCACAGCCUUACGGAGCGUAUGAUGUGUUCAGUGUCUCGUUAUGAGAAACAUUUAUUACAAGGGAACAGUUCUCUGAACGAAAAGUUUGAUAGCAUGAACGAGACAGUAUUGCGCACGGUUAGUGAUAAGGAUGAUUGGGAUAAGGAGCGUUGCGCAAAUUUGCUGAAACGGCGCAAGAGCGAGUUCCGUCACUUCGUAUUCCGUCGCUACCGUUCUUUGGCGAGCACGUUGUUUUACAAGCCGCGUGUGGAGUUUUUGGAUUGCGGGAAAUAUCUGUGUGGAGAGCACGUUUCGUUGGAAAUGGAAAACGUCUCAGUGCCUCAGCAGGUAUCAGCGACGGGCGAGAACCGUCGUUACAUCUUAAAGGCCAUAACGGCUAGCGCCCGUGCGGGUGACGUAGUGGGUAUCAUGGGUCGUACCGGUGCCGGCAAGAGCACUCUGUUGAGUGUGCUGCAAAACAUAGCAGCUGGAAGGGAAGGUUCCGUUCUACUCGACGGCCGGGAGCUAAACACUAUCCCGCGUAAGGUGCUGCGCCACAUCAUCGGCGUUUUGCCGCAGAUGCCGUUCGUGUUCAAGGGUUGGACCCUACGUCGUUUCUUGGAUCCCCGCAUGUUGCACUCCGACGACGAGAUCAUGCACGCGUUGGAGUGCUGUGGCCUGAUGGACAUGGUCAAAUCGCUGCCGGAGAUCGAUCCGCUGGACGCCGUCAUGGUGGAACAGAAUUUAAAUCCAGGUCGAGGCUUUUAUCUCGUAACCCCGCUGAUCAAGCUGAAAAGCCCCGACGAACAACUUCCUGUCUUAAGAAGAAAAUCGUUUGAGUCGUCAAAAAGUGACGACAAAUCUGGUGCAGUUUUCUCAGAUUCACAGCUGCGGAUGCUAUCGUUCGCUCGACUUCUCCUCUACCGGAGAACAUGCCGUCUGCUGUUGAUCGAUGAGCCCCCGUCGGACAAUUGCGCUUCCGUGGCGGACGACACGGCGAUUGUCCAUGCCGUAACCACCAUUGAUGGCAGUAUUCCCGUUUACGACCUUGUGCGGAUAUAUUUCAAGCACUGCACGACGUUCAUCGUGGCGCACGACAAGAAUGCGCUGAAAUCGUGUCAACAUCUUUGGUACGUGGAGAACGGCGCAAUAGUCCGGAAGGUGUCCGGUGCCGACAACGUAGCUGAGUUUCUGAACUCGACAGUCAGCUAA